AUGCAGGUUUUCCUUGAACUGAGCCGUGGCUCUGCUGGGGGUCGCCAGGAGCUUCGGCUCGCCUGCCUCGAGUCCCUGGAGCCGCCGAACAGCGCGCCACUCUCUCAUGCGUCAGCCAACGGCGCGGACCGCACCGUAUCGGAGGAGGACCUCCAGGAGACGACCAGCGUGGAGUCCGGGGGCGAGGCGAGGCCUGAGGCCGGAUUCCGAUGCCCCGUGUGCGGGGCGCGGUUCAGCGACAGAGCGCGGUUGGGCGAGCACGUGACGCGGUGUCCCGCGCGAGAGUACCGCUGCGACCAGUGCCCCAAGGUGUUCAGCUGGAAGAGCAACCUGAUCCGGCACCAAGCGGCGCACGACGCAUCGCGGCGCUACGUGUGCGACGCCUGCCGCAAGGUGUUCACCGAUCCGUCGAACCUCCAGAGGCACGUCCGCUCCCAGCACCUGGGCGCCCGGUCGCACGCGUGCACCGAGUGCGGCAAGACGUUCGCCACUUCGUCGGGCCUCAAGCAGCACACGCACAUCCACAGCAGCGUUAAGCCGUUCCGCUGCGAGGUGUGCCUGAAGGCGUACACGCAGUUCUCCAACCUGUGCCGCCACAAGCGCAUGCAUGCCACCUGCCGCAUGCAGAUCAAGUGCCACCGCUGCGGCCAGGGCUUCGCCACGGUCACCUCGCUGUCCAAGCACAAGCGCUUCUGCGCCUCGUCGCCCGCCGGCGGCCGCGCGCCGCCCGAGCCCAUGAGCGCCGCGCCGCUGCAGCUGCUCUUCCCGCUGCUGCACCACCGCGCCCCGCAGCCGCCGUCGCCCAGCAGGCGCUCCUCGGGAUCCGAGGAGGAGGAGGAAGAGCCCAGCAGCAGCAGCCUCGAGAGCGACGUCGAGCCCUUCAGCUCGGACUCGGAGCCCAUGGACCAGCGCGCGUCGCCCAAGCAGGGCGCCGUCUGCCCGGAGCCCGGCGCACUGUGCGCCCAGCAGCCCGCCGGCUCGUUCCCGGCCGCCGCCGAGGCGCCCUGCGACCUGUCGCACAAGGCGCGCCAGCUGCACGAGCCGGGCGCCGCCGACGAGCCGCUCGACCUGCGCACGAGGCGGCCCGCGGCGGCGGCGGCUGCGGCGGCGCUGCCCGCCGCCCCCACCGAGCCGCCUCAGCCCAUGGCGCACCCGCGGCCCAUCCCGCCCACGCUGUUCUUCGACUCGCUGUACCGGCACGCCGACAAGCUGCCCUUCCCGGCGUUCGCGCCGCGCUUCUCCUUCCUCAGCCCGCUGCUGGGCGCCUCGCUGGAGCUGAUGCGAGCCGCGCCGCCACCGCCGCGGCUGCCGCCGGCCGCCAAGGCGGGCGCCGACGGCGCAGCGCGACCCAAGGAGCGCUACUCGUGCAAGUUCUGCGGCAAGGUGUUUCCCCGCUCGGCUAACCUGACGCGCCACCUGCGCACGCACACGGGCGAGCAGCCGUACAAGUGCAAGUACUGCGAACGCUCCUUCAGCAUCUCGUCCAACCUGCAGCGGCACGUGCGCAACAUCCACAACAAGGAGAAGCCGUUCAAGUGCCCGCUCUGCGAGCGCUGCUUCGGCCAGCAGACCAACCUGGACAGGCACCUGAAGAAGCACGAGGCCGACGGAGCGCCCCAGCCCGGCGGAGGGGACCGGUCGCCGCGUCGCGACGAGCCCUACUUCGACGAGAUCCGCAGCUUCAUGGGCAAGGUCACGCAGCAGCAGCACCAGCAGCGGCCCUCGACGCCGGCGUCGCCCGACUCAUCGCAGCCGAGCGCGUGCAACUCGCCCGACGGCCGACACUCGCCCACCUGGCCCCCCACCUCGCCCAGCGUUGUGUCCAGCGAAGACCAGCCCGGCGCACCGGCGCCGUGAUCGGGUUCCGCUGGCACAGCCGCCGGUAAACGCUAGUCAGGACUUGGUUCAGAAUAUAAUAUAUCUCUCUUCCACGGCGGUGACGCCGCGUGCACCGAACUGCUGCGAUGCGCGACCGCCUGUGUUCGUCGUCACGUCUGUGGCUCGUCUCGACCCCAAAGACAAUCCCUUUUUAACUGGGCCUCCGCAGAACGCGCGGAACACUGCCCCCGCGGACUAUCGCGAGCCGACCAGGAGACUCUCGGACUUGCUAAGUCGGUUCUCGUGUGUUUUAAUUUAAGUGGCGAUCGUGCGCGAGCAUCGAGCCGUGCGCGACGAGUUCCUCGAAGGUCUGUUCUGUGCUAAGGAAGGAGUGGCACCGGCCAAGGGCAGAUCGGUAUCUGCAGGCACCUGUUCUCGCUACAUCACCUUUACUGGCUCACUGAUGGCCGCGCAGUAAUCGCGCGCGGCCCACUCUGUUGCGAAGCCAGCGCUAGUUGAGAACGAUCUGGAGCCAUUAAAGAGCAGGCUACACCAAGGAGUGCUCUCAAUCCUCAAUGAAAGCUGCAGUUAGUGGUGGCCUCACUGCCUUCACGGCAGUGACGCCGAAGUGCGCUCGAUGUGGGUGACCAAAGAAGUCACCGUGUUCUCUUUUCUUUUCAUGCUCAGCAAUCACUUUUUCAUAGUUGUAAUUAAAGAUAAGGUAUGAUAAAUAUUGUUUUGGAAAAA